AUGUCUGCACUACUCCAUCCGUCAUUGAAACAUUUCCAAAUUUCACCAAAUGAAAAACCCAAAACAAUAUCAUUAGUAAAGCAAGAACUAUUAAAACGCGUACUACCGCAACUAGUUGAAGCUGUUAGCACCGAUUCAAAACCAGUAGUUAAAACUUCAAUAACAUCAUUUGAAGCGACCAAAUUUGUUAAUUCAAAUGAUUUAUUAAGUCUUUGUUUUGAUAAGCCAUCAGUUAUUUCCAAACCAGUUUUAACUCCAUUAAAUGAAUUAGAUAAUUAUAUGACUUCGGAUGCACAACUUCAUGAAAACGAAGAUGUACUUUUAUUUUGGAAAGAAAAUGCAGAAUCCUUUCCAAUAUUAUUAUCAAUGGUAUGUGAUCUUUUUGCUAUUCCUGCGUCAAAUAUGACUCUCGACAGGCUUUUCUCAUCAUCGAAUAAUACGGUCACUGAUCGUAGAACUAGUUUAGCUGCUAUAAAGCUAAACAAGCUUUUAUUUCUUCAAAAGAAUCUAUUCUCUUUACAACAAACGAAUGGUGGUGUAUCAACGAAACAUCAAGAACAACUAACAAGAAAGUUAUGUACGUCAGAUGAUGAAGAAAGUGAAAUCAGUGAAUAUACAAAUAGUUUAUUUUCACCAACAACAAUUCAAAGAAAAAAAGCUAAUGAUUUUGAUUAUUUUUCGUAUGACAUUGAUAGCGUCAUAGAUAAUAGUACAAAGUCAAAUGAAAUAUCAUUUGUUUCAUACAUUUAUCAUGUUUCUCAAACACAGAUAUUUUAA